AGCACGCCGGAACGGGAAGCGUCGUGGUGAGACUUCCACGGCCUUACUUUCCCCUAGCGCAGGUGUGUAGACACCUGGCCCUACCCCUCCGUGAUCUGCCUUCUGAGAACUCUCUUGUUUUCCAAAAGGGAAAGGGAAUGGUCCCUGUCAUCCAGCCAGCCAGUUUUCAGAUUGUUAUCACGACAGUUGGGGACCCAGAUGGGACUGAGUGAGGGCCUCCAGCCCCCGGGACUGCCUCUCAGAAGAACUCUUCUCAAAAGACUGCCCCGGAGGACGGACUCCCCCUUGGGCCUAACCCAAAAUAUUCCAGGCCAAGAUCUGCCAUCUGAGAACUCUGUUGUUUUCUAAAAGGAGAAGGGAAUGGUCCCUGUUGGCCCCCCAACCAGCUUUCAGGAGGCAGUGACCUUCAAGGAUGUGGCUGUGGAAUUCACCCGGGAGGAAUGGAGGCACCUGGACCUUGCUCAGAGGACCUUGUUCAAGGAUGUGAUGCUGGAGAACUACAGGAACCUUGUCUCCCUGGGGCUUGCUGAUAACAAACCAGGUCUUAUCUUCCAUUUGGAGAGAGGAGAAGCACCACGGAUUGCAGGGAGAGCCAUUCCAGGAGGCACCUUUCCAGAGUGCCUUAAUCUGGAUAUUAGCUGUGAAACAACAGAGGGAACCCCCAAACUGGACAUUUUUAUGGAAGAGUCAUCCAAUGAAAGACUUGAGUUAGUAGAAGACUGGCAGGGCGCUGUUAGAUUAGAGCAACAAAAGGACAAUCAAGAAAAACAAUACCAGCAAGUGACAGUCACCCACAGGAAAGCAUCUAUUCAGUCUAUUGCCAGUGAAUGUAAUAUAUUAGAGAAAGAAUUCCAUGUGAGGUCAAGCUCAUUUCCAAAACAAAGGACUCCUACAAGGAAGAGUCUACAUAAACAUGAUAAACGUGGAAAGAACUUUACACAUUUUUCAAAUGAAAGUAAACAAGACAGAAUCUUUUCUAAGAAGAAACUCUGCAACUAUAAUAAAUGUAGUAAGUCAUUCCAUUACCACUCACACCUUAUGCAGCAUUACAGAAAAUAUACUGAAGAAAAAACAUAUGAGCAUGGGAAAAUCUUCAACAGCUUAUCUCUUACGAAUUGUCUGACAAUUCAUGCUACAGAGAAAAUUUUUCAGUGUACUGAAUGUGGGAAAGCCUUCAGCUGCAAAUCUAGUCAUAUUCUAUAUCAGAGAAUUCAUUCUGGAGAGGAAUCCUUUGCAUGUAAGGAAUGUGUGAAAUCUUGUAGAAGGAAUAGAUCCCUUACUAAACCUAAAAGAUUUCAUAUUGAAGAGAAACGCUUUGAAUGUAGUGAAUGUGGAAAAUCCUUCCGUCAUUGCAAAAACCUUGACAAACAUAAGAGAAUUCAUACUGGAGAGAAAACCUUUGAAUGUAGUGAGCGUGGAAAAUACUUUAAUCAUUGUAGAAACCUUGACAGACAUAAAAGAAUUCAUACUGGAGAGAAACCUUUUAAAUGUAUUGAAUGUGGGAAAUUUUUCAGUCAUUACAGAAGCCUUCACAGACACAAGAAACUUCAUACUAGAGAGAACACCUUUGAAUGCAUUGAGUGUGGAAAAUACUUUAGUCACUGUAGAAACCUUGACAGACAUAGAAGAAUUCAUACAGGAGAGAAACCCUUUAAAUGUAGUGAAUGUGGGAAGUCCUUUAGCUAUAGGACCCUGCUUACUCAUCAUUAUAGAAUUCAUACUGGAGAGAAACCCUUUAAAUGUAAUGAAUGUGGGAAAUCCUUUAGAGGGCGUGGACACCUUAAUAGACAUAAAGUAAUUCAUACUGGAGAGAAAUCCUUUGAAUGUAAUGAAUGCGGAGAAUCCUUUAGAAGGAGUGAAUCCCUUAAUAAUCAUAAGAGAAUUCAUACUGGAGAAAAACCCUUUAAAUGUGAUGAAUGUGGAGAAUCCUUUAGAAGGAAUGAAUAUCUUACAAAACAUAAGAGAAUUCAUACUGGAGAGAAACCCUUUAAAUGUAAAGACUGUGGGAGAUAUUUUAGAAGAAGUGAAUCCCUUACUAAACAUAAGAGAAUUCAUACUGGAGAGAAACCUUUUAAAUGUGAUGACUGUGGGAAAUACUUUAGAAGGAGUGACUCUCUUACUACACAUAAGAGAAUUCAUACAGGAGAAAAACCUUUUAAAUGUAAUGAAUGUGGGAAAUGCUUUAAACAAUAUGGAAACCUUAGCAGCCAUAAGAGAAUUCACAGUGGAGAGAAGCCCUUUGAGUGUAGCGAAUGUGGAAAGUCUUUUCGUCAGUGUGGAGACCUUACUAAACAUAAGAAAUUUCAUACUGAAGAGAAAUCAUUUAAAUGUAGUGAAUGUGAGAAAUCUUUUCACCAUUGUGAAGACCUUGAUGGACAUAAGAGAAUACACAGUGGAGAAAAACUUUUUGAAUGCAAUGAAUGUGGGAAAAUCUUUAGAAGGAUUGUAUCCCUUGCUAGACAUAAGAGGAUCCAUACUGGAUAGAAAUCUUUUGGGUGUGAUGAUUGUAGGAAAUCUUAUAAAUGAAUAUCUCUGACAAAAAUCUGAUAUAAAAGAUUUACAGGGAAUUGAUACAUAAAAAUAAAUUCUAUUCCCUUUUUACAGUUAUUAAAAAUAUGAACAGUUUGCAAAAUAUUUUCAAACUACAAGACAUAUGAAAUAAUGUUUCAGAUCAAUAAUAAUAAGAGAAACACACAAGAAAACAACUUUGAUUUCAUCUCAUACCAGUAAGAUUGGCGAAAGUGACAAAAGACAAAAUGGUAGUUGUUUGAAAGGCUUUAGGAAGACAAGUACAUUAACACAUAGUUAGCAGAGCUGUGAAUUGGUCCGACCAUUCUGGAAAAAAAAAAAUUUCAAAUUGUCUUUUUAACAAUCACUAACUGUACCUACCUUUUGAUUUGGUAAUACCACUACUACGAGAUCAGAAAGAAAGAAAGCAGUGCCUAUAUCAGACUUCUUUGAUAUAUUGGUUGAUUUUACUAAACUAUUUCCCUUGUCUUUUAUUAUUCUUUAUUACAUGGCAACUUUUUGGAAGGGGAAGAAAAAGGAUACAAUGGGAAA